AAGCAGGUAUAUAAAUUGGCGGUAUCAACAUAUUACAAUACAGUCUACGGUCGAUGAUCAAACAAUGGCGUUAACGAUCUUGUGUCUCCUCGGCCUAUUGGCAUUCUCUCAAGCUGGAAUUUUGAAACCAUAUUUUGAUCCCAGAAUCGUUAAUGGAGUAGAUGCCAAAGAAGGCGAAAUUCCAUAUCAGGUUUCUCUUCAAGAAAAGAGUACUUCCUUCCACUUCUGUGGCGGCUCAAUCCUAUCUAAAAAUUUUGUUAUCACAGCAGCUCACUGUGUUGUGGGGCAAACAGCUUCAAAUAUAAAGGUUAUUGCUAACACUAUCGAUUUAAAAAAACCACAACAGACGCAUACAGUCACAGAAAUCCGCGUGCACGAGGGAUAUAAUGCCGCUGAUUCCUGGAUUAAUGAUGUGGCUUUAUUAAAGGUAAAAGAUCCCUUUAUAAUAUCUGAAACUCUCCAAUACGUUCCUCUGCCACCAAAGGACCACGUUGUCAAUGCCAACGAUAUUGCUGUUGUAUCAGGAUGGGGCCGACUUUGGCAAGGCGGACCAACUACUACUCGAUUACAACGAGUCGACAUUUUCAUUGCUGAUCAAAACUACUGCGCCAAUAUAUACAACAGCGUGGGAUAUAACGUCUAUGCCACACAAGUUUGCGCGUACGAUAUGCAAACGGAGAAAGGAUCUUGCCACGGUGACUCUGGUGGUCCAUUGACUGUCGAUGGAGUACUCGUUGGAUUGGUAUCCUGGGCGAACGGUUGCGCCAGUACUUCCUACCCGACUGUUUACACACGUGUUGUCUCUUAUAUUGAUUGGAUUAAAUCUAAUGCGGUCUAAAUCAGAUCUAUUCAAUUAUGAUUCGUCGACUGUUUUUUUUUUUUUAUGAAUCUUUUAACGAUCAAUUGUUGAAAUCGAAAAAAGAAGAUAUUUCUAAUGUAUAUACAGAUGAUAACAAUGUGACGUAAGGUUGUACAAAAUAAAUUUCCUCAAAGUUUGUAUACAUUUUCAACACAAUAAAUAUGUAUAUAUAUAUGUAUAUAUAUCGUUUAAAAUUGUACAAAGAAGAUCGUUAAUAUAUAUAUUUAGUUUGUACUAAAAAUCAAUAAAGAUAAAUUAUCACAUUAUAA